CCUACAUGGUAUUAUUGAUCGAAAACACGGAUAUGUAAGGUACCGGCCUACCCUGUCUUGCUUAGCUAGGUAAUUCGAGUCGAACUGAGCAGACACCUACCUACCUAGGUUUCGGGUCAACUAGGUACCGUACCCAACUUCCCAGGUAGGUAGGUUUCUGUGGCAAGAUGAACUUUGACAAGCUUACAGGGGAGUACAUCAACCCAUCAUCGCACGUGUGCAUGGAUAGCUGCAAUUAUGCUGGUUCCGCCGGCUUUCGGAAACACUUGGCAAAUACCAUUAAUUAAUUAUACUCGCAUAAGCAGCUUCCGCAUCUAGAAAAAGUAAUCUACUGCUCAGAUGGGGUCGGCACCAAGAACAGACCACAACAGCAAACCCAUCGCGCGAGGAUUCCAAUGCUCAUGCGACCGAUCUGACAUUGGAAGAAGGAUACAGGCCACCAGAAAUGUGUGUAUCCUCCCUCUGUCUUAUUCGGGGCCCAUUUAUCGUACGGCUUUACAGACCUCUCAUAUUUGCCCUACGGAUUCUUCGGUCAUUCUCGCCGCCUUCGACUCAGUUGCCAUUGAACCCCAAGGUCCCCCGCCCCCUCUCCGGGCCGAGUGGCAUGUACAAUUUUCCACACUUGCUACCCGGAGCGGAGAUUAAUUUUGCGAUGUGAUACCUACCUACCUACAUCAGAAUGAGGCGCGCGCGUCAAGGUGUGCGUGCCCUGAUGACCUUUGCCCAUUCCGUGCCACCAUGCUCAUCGGACCACCUACCAACGUCUUUCCACCUACCAGCGCUCGCCGUUCUCGGCCUGGUACAUCCACAAGCGGCGACCACAGUUGGUGCCACCCUGCCUGCUUGGUACGUUGCAUUGGCCCCCGAAAGGAUACCACCUCCGAGUUUCCCGGGCCAGAACCCCGGAGACGGUUUACUUGCUAGGGGCAGCAAGCGUUUCUUUAUAGAGGCGGCCCAUGCCUCCCUGAACAUCCAAAGCACCUUUCUUGCUACAGAAACCAGCCUACGAAGCCCAUUUUUUCUCGGAUCUUACCCAAGACCCUUGAGGUCUUGACGAGCUGAAGUCGCCAUGAGGACUCUUGCGCCCUUCAUUGCCAUACUCCUGGUCGCCGUGACCUAUCUGCAACCCUCCCUGGCACAGGGUCCGUUGCCGAAGGUGUACACUGACCCUGAGACGGGCAUUGUGUUCAAUACCUGGAGUGCAACUGAUGGACCAAUUCAGGGCGAGGGCUAUGGAUCUGUAAGCUUGGGUGGCUUCACCUUUGGCAUGGCGUUGCCAUCCGAUGCGCUCACCGUCGAUGCAAACGAAUUCAUCGGGUAUCUCGAAUGCUCUACCCCGACUACCCCUGGUGAAGGAUGGUGCGGUGUCUCGAUGGGCGGUUCCAUGACCAGGGCGCUACUGCUUGUUGCCUGGCCUCACGAGGAUGAGGUUCUCACAUCAUUCCGCUAUGCUACAGGCUUCGUCGUCCCUGAGCUGUACACGGGCGACGCAAAGCUCACACAGAUCACGUCCUCGAUGAACUCGACACACUACAAGCUCAUUUUCCGCUGCCAAAACUGCUUGAAGUGGAGUCACGAUGGCUUGGACGGUGGCCAGUCAACCAGCAGCUCCUUCCUCAUGCUGGGGUGGGGACAAGCCAGGACGCCUGUAGGAAAUCCAGAGUGCCCGGACCGGGUCGUCAUUCAGCAGCAUGACAACGGAAUGAACCUUUUCCCCGCCCCGCUUGACGGUUCCAUCGCAAACCCAUCUUACGCUAGCUGGGCGGCCACAGCCACCAAGACGGUUACGGGUGAUUGCGGUGGGUCGACAGAGCCUCCUGUACCUGAAGUGACGGGUGUCCCGGUUCCGUCUGAAACUUACGACUACGUGGUUGUCGGGGCCGGGGCCGGAGGUAUCCCCAUCGCGGACAAGCUGAGCGAGGCUGGCAAGUCCGUCCUGCUCAUCGAAAAGGGGCCUCCUUCAACAGGACGCUGGGGCGGCAAUCUGAAGCCCUCGUGGCUCGAAGGUACUGGUCUGACACGCUUCGACGUGCCUGGCUUGUGCAACCAGAUUUGGGUCGACUCCAACGGCAUCGCUUGUGACGAUACUGAUCAGAUGGCGGGCUGUGUGCUUGGUGGCGGUACAGCUGUCAACGCUGGUCUGUGGUGGAAGCCGUACACUCCCGACUGGGACCAGGUCUUCCCCACAGGGUGGAAGGCAUCCGACAUGGCUGGUGCCACAAGCCGCGUCUUCAACAGGAUUCCCGGCACUGAGACCCCAUCUCAGGACGGAAAGCGCUACCUCACUGAGGGUCUGAACACCAUUAUGGGCGGUCUCAAGGCAGCUGGCUGGGCUGAGGUCAGUUCCCUCAGAGAGCCUGACCGCAAGAACCGUACGGUCAUGCCGGGCCCGUUCAUGUUUGCCAAUGGUGAGCGAGGAGGGCCGCUGGCAACCUACCUCGACACGGCCAGCAAGCGGUCCAACUUCAAACUGUGGACGAACACAGCUGUGAAGCGUGUCGUCCGUGAAGGUGGACACGUCACUGGGCUUGAGGUUGAGCCAUUCCGUAACGGUGGCUAUGUCGGCACUGUCAAGCUGACGCCUGGAACCGGCCGCGUAAUUAUCUCUGCGGGAACUUUUGGCUCUGCAAAGCUCCUGAUGCGCAGUGGCAUCGGCAGGAAAGAUCAACUUGAGAUCGUGAAGGGUUCCCGCGACGGGCCUACCAUGGUCGACGAAGCCUCUUGGAUUCCCCUGCCCGUCGGUGACAAUUUGGUGGACCACGUCAACACUGACACUGUUGUUUCCCACCCUGACGUUGUGUUUUACGACUUUUAUGAGGCCUGGACUUCACCAAACCCCGCAGACAAGGACGCAUAUCUCAGCAAGCGAUCUGGCAUCCUCGCGCAAGCUGCUCCCAACAUCGGACCAUUGUUCUUUGAUCAGAUCAAGGGGGCCGAUGGCAAAACUAGGCAUAUCCAGUGGACUGCGAGAGUUGAAGGCAGCCUUGGCGCUUCUAACGGCAAGACUAUGACCAUGAGCCAAUACCUUGGUACAGGAUCAACAUCGCGCGGUCAGAUGAGCAUAACGAGCGGCCUCUCUACCGUCGUGUCGACGCACCCGUACCUCCAUACGGAGGGGGACAAAGCUGCCGUCGUCCAGGGCAUCGUCAACGUUCAGAAUGCCCUCAAAGGCGUAACAGGUCUUAAGUUCGAGUUCCCCAACGCGACCACCACUGCCGCGGACUACGUCGCUAGUAUGACCGUUUCUCCGUCGAACCGACGUGCGAACCAUUGGAUGGGCACAGCCAAGCUGGGCACCGACGAUGGCCGUCAAGGCGGCGGAACCGCAGUUGUAGACACUAACACUCGCGUCUACGGCACCGACAAUUUAUUUGUUGUCGAUGCGAGCAUCUUCCCCGGUAUGGUGACGACGAACCCAUCCGCCUACAUUGUCGUUGCGUCGGAGCGAGCAGCCGAGCGUAUCUUGGCGCUUGCGCCGUCGACGCCAAUGCCUAGGUAUAGCCAGUGUGGAGGACGAGCGCACAACGGCAGCUUCCAGUGUGCCGCGCCAUACACGUGCCAGGUGCAGAACGAAUACUACUCUCAGUGCCUCUGAGGUUGGAUCACUGGACUUAGGUUAGUAUGAGCAGACACGGAGUAUAUAUGUGACGGUUGUUAUAAUAGUUCAAUAUUAUAAGUGAAAAUAAAUAUCUUCAGCAAAUAUG